CGCCUGGAAAUGUGCCAGUCGGGAUACACAGCAUGCAGGGCAGGCAUGGGAGUUUGCUGUCAUGGUCGCACGCUAGAAAAAAAAAAAAUGAUUCCAGGUUUAUUGGUUGAAUUAUAUAGAAAAAGGAGCGAUUAGACGCAAACUAAACGAGCUGUCAGUUUUGUGCGGUGACUAAGCAGCGAUCUUGUUCCGGAUCUGGACUCACUCACGCUGUCUUGCUUCCAUGAAAAAAGUGUUUGGUGGCCGGACAUGCAACCAAAUAUCUGACCGCUUUAACUUCACAUCCUCGGAAAUCAACUGCAACCGUAACAGCGCGGCUCCAUGCUGCCUCUGAAGGACAAGGACAAGCCGCUGGUGCAGAAGCUGCUGGCGGCCGGCUGCUGCGCUCGCUGUGUGCUCAGGUUCUGCUGCGUCGGCCUGCACGCCGCCUACAGGCAGCCCUGCCAGGACUCACUAAAGGAACUCCAGGCUUUCGUCAGCGAUGCAGAAAACGGCAAAUCUGAGCAGGCAGCGGCACCAGAGCCUGCAGAGGGAAACAGCACUUCCCAUGAUGCAGCGGGACCCAACAGUACAGAGGAGAACAGCACUUCCCAGGAUGCAGCGGGAGCAGAGGCCUCAGAGGACCCACCAAGUAAAAGGAUGAAGCUGGAGCAGAGUGUGAGCGAGGCUCAGGCGGACGGGGCGUCGCGUGUGUGUGUUUGCUGUCUGGGGAUCCUGCAGCAGCUGUCCGAACACACGCAGGCCGUCAAGAUCGCAGAGGCGGUGAAGGCAGAAAACUACGAGUUUGACAGCCUGGUGCUGUCUGUCUCUCUCCCCGCUCAGCUGUGUGUCCGAGAGCACUCCUGUUGGCUCCACGUGAAGAAGGAAGUGAGAGAAAAGUGCAUGACCCUCGACAAGGACGACGUCAUCCAGGUGAAGGAGGCCUUCAAGUGGAUCAUGCAGAGCCUCAUCGCCAAGGAGCUGCGGGGCGUUUCCGUGGUUACCAAGGUGCGUGAAAGUGUGUUUGAGGUCGGCGUGGAGUUCACUCACCCAGAGACGGACGCCGACUGCCACUUCCUAGCGACGGCCUGUCCCGACUGCUUCAAACCCACCAAGAACAAACUGUCGGUGUUCACCAGGAUGGCGGUGGUCAAAGCUCUGGAGAAAAUACCUGCCGACAAGUUCCUGAAACAUUACCCGUGUCCGCCGCCUCGUCCCGCCGGCAGCUGCAGCUUCCAGGACGUCCAGUGUCUCCAUGUUGCUGUGUUUGUGGCAGGCAGGUACAACAAGUUCUGCCGCAGUCUACCUCAGACCCCCUGGGUCAUUGACGGAGAGAGGAGGAUGGAGUCGUCGGUGGAGGAGCUGAUCGCUGCGCCCAUCCUGUCUGCCUUCAGGGCCGACGGAUUUAACUUCUCCUCCUCCGGAAGAGAGGAUGUGGACGUCAGGACUCUCGGAAACGGUCGUCCCUUUGCGAUGGAGCUGCUGAAUCCUCAUCGGUCCAGACUGAGCAGAGCGGAGAUGAAGCAGCUGCAGGAGGCCAUUAACAAAUCUUCAGACAAAAUCCGAGUGAGAGAUCUUCAGAUUGUAACCAGGGAGGCGACAGGUCGUAUGAAGGAGGGCGAGGAGGAGAAGACCAAGUCGUACACGGCGCUCGUCUGGACGCAGAAACCUGUUCAGAAAGACGACAUCGCUUUCCUCGAUGAGAUCAAAGAGCUGAGCAUCGACCAGAAGACGCCGCUCAGGGUUCUGCACCGCCGGGCGCUCGCCGUGCGCCAGCGCCUCGUCCACAGCAUGAGCACCCGCCUCCUCGACCCGCACCACUUCUACCUGAGCCUGAAGACCCAGGCCGGGACGUACAUCAAGGAGUUUGUCCACGGAGACUUUGGCCGCACCAAACCCAACCUGUGUGAGCUGCUGAAGACGGACACCGACAUCCUGGAGCUGGACGUCGAGUCCGUGGAUGUGGACUGGCCUCCUGCCAUCCCGGAGUGACCCUCCCUGCUGCAGGACGUCCCGCGAGCCAGAGGCGCAGGUUCGGUCCCAGCAGCGGCCGAACACGUUCCUGAAACAGCAGCGAGUCCUGAGCCGCUGAGCCGCUGAGCCCGACCCAGACAGGAGCGUGUGUGUGUGUGUGUGUGUGUGUGUGAGAACUGUGAGUACGUAGAUGCAGGUGGGACAUGUCGAGGGGAAUGUGACCCCGCUGCUUUCUGAGGCUCCUGGUUUUUGACAGACUGUUAUGUUUUGGUUCUAAAUUGAUAUAAUAAAGUCCAGUCAGUUUGUUUUUUAAUUCUUUUUUUUUUUUUUUAAAUUUGAGAAGCAGCUGAGGGUUUGUUUAGACUACCAUGCUGAGUUUUUUUUUUUUUUUUUUUUUAAUCAUUUAGAAAAGUUUGUACCUCAAAAAACACUCAGAACAGUUUUUGCAAAUCAGAUCCAAACCACAUCUGGAGGAGCUUUGAGAUGCGGCUCAGUGUCUCAGACAGGACCUCAGAGCGCCUGUCACGUCGCUCGCAACGAAUCACAUGACAACAACGCCGGGUCAGCGUGAGGGAGGUGCAUGAUACCGGCUGCUGUUACCAUGGAUACGGUAAAUACUAUCAGCCUCCCGCAUCAGCGAUGUUCUGCGGACGACGGAGCUCCAUGUUGUUGAACCGGCGUGGGGAAACUGACGCCUGUCGUUACCAUAGCAACCCAUGCCGGAGAUGUCUGGACACACUGAUCUGAUCCGAUGACGGUGUGUCUUUGAGAUCCGAUCUGACAAACAGAUGUGGUUUCUGUGCCUGAACGAAGCCUGACACUCCAGAAACACACGACACAAACAGCAGCAGCCUCUGCAGGGCGGCCAUGUUGCCGUUUCCAUCCUGCUUCUCCUCGUCUCCAAAGUUUGUUGCCAAAAUCCAAACUGGACUCCUCCUGCUGCUUCCCCCAUUUUUUAUUUAAAAGAUGAACCACAAUA